AAUAAAUAAAGUAGGAAGUUUUCAGCAGUGGUCUGACAGGAAAGUCUCCACGGAGUCAGAUUUCAGAGCUGGAGCACUGAAUUGCAGUGAGUCACACAGAGAGCCUGAGAGCUGCCUUUGUUCCACUUGUGUCUGAACGUUGGAGGAGAAACAGCAGGCUCCAGUUUUUAUUAACUUCUUAUUUUCAUAAGCAUAAAACUCAUGUGCGCUGAACUUUUUCCUCACUUGAGGUCUUUCAACUGACUUUCAAAAAAUGCUCUCAUGGCAUGCCUGGUGGACCUGGGACUUGCUGCUGCUGCUCUUUGGCUUGUCAAUCCAUGCUGGUUCAGCAGCUCAGAUCAUAGAAGAACGGGGCUCAAAAGGACAUCUUGAUCUCACGGAGUUAAUAGGAGUUCCUCUUCCUCCUUCCGUCUACUUUGUCACCGGCUAUGGAGGGUUUCCAGCUUACAGCUUUGGUCCAGAUGCUAACAUCGGUCGAUUGACAAGUGCUAUAAUACCUUUGCCUUUCUACAGAGAUUUUGCUAUCGUAGUUACAGUGAAACCCAACAGUGAUCAUGGAGGAGUGCUAUUUGCAAUAACAGAUGCCUUCCAGAAAACUAUUUACCUGGGAAUGAGACUGUCACCAGUUGAUGACAGCACCCAGAGAAUAAUUAUGUACUACACGGAGCCUGGUUCCCAUAUCUCCCGAGAGGCUGCUUCAUUCAAAGUGCCAGUGAUGACUAACAGGUGGAAUAGGUUUACAGUGACUGUUCAGGGAAAUGAUAUUGCUUUGUUCAUGGAUUGUGAAGAAUAUCAGAGAAUUCAGUUUCAAAGGUCAGAUCAAGCCUUGGUAUUUGAAUCUGGCUCUGGGAUAUUUGUUGGUAAUGCAGGAGCCACAGGGUUGGAAAAGUUCACAGGCUCAAUUCAACAUCUGACAAUCAAAUCUGACCCGAGGGCUACUGAAGAUCAUUGUGAAGAUGAUGAUCCUUAUGCUUCAGGGGACAUCAGUGGCAAUGGCAGCAUUCAAGAACAUGAAGAUAUUUCUGAGACACAAGAAGCCCUUGCACCUUCUCAUCUUCCCAUAAGGCCUGAAGAUACGUUGGCUGAGCCAGUGGAAGCCCCCCCAACUAUAUUGUCUUAUUUGGAAGAAAACGAUUUCUCUGGAAAUCACAGAUCAGAAGAAACCUCUGAAGCAUCUAAACUUAAAGAACAAGAUUCAGGUGUCAUCCCAACUGGACGAGGAAACAGUGAGUCUACCACUGUCACACAGGAAAUCUUAAGAGAAGAAGAUGGUUCUGGUGCUAAUGUUUUGCCAGCAGUAAGCAGAAAGCAGGGCCAGAAAGGUCAGGAAGGAGAGGAUGAGCCCACAGAAUCAUCAGGAAGACCAGGAGUAGAAGAUGUGCAGAAAAAAGAUCAAGGAUCUUCUGGACUUCCAGGGAAACUUGGACAACAUGGGCAGCCUGGCGUUCCUGGUAAAAAUGGGUUACCCGGUAAAAAUGGACUUCAGGGACUGCCAGGACUGAAAGGAAAAGCAGGUUUAAAAGGUGAAAAGGGUGAUCCUGGUGAGGGAUUGCCAGGACCCCCUGGACCACCUGGACCCACAGGACCAUCUGCUCCUUCCAGAGGAUUAAAUAGACUGGAACCUGAAGAAUCAGGUUCUGGAGACAUUGACAAAGAGACUGAGAUUUUAAGAGGUCUUCCUGGGCCACCAGGCCCUCCAGGACUGCCUGGCCUUCCAGGAAAGCCAGCACCCCAUUCAGGUGUAGGACCUCCUGGGUCACCAGGGGAAGAUGGAGCUUCUGGUGAACCAGGCCCUGAAGGUCCUCAAGGUCCUCCUGGUCUUGAUGGAGUGGUUGGCCCACCAGGACAGAAGGGAGAAAAGGGUGAUCAAGGUCUUCCUGGUUCUGUUGGUCCAAAGGGUGAUACUGGGAUAACUGGAUCAAUAGGCCCCAAAGGAGAAGCUGGUGCUGAUGGGUCUCCUGGGAAACCUGGACCACCAGGGCCUCCUGGGCCCCCUGGACCUCCUGGACCCCCAGGACUAAGCUACAGUUUGGGAUUUGAGGACAUGGAAGGAUCAGGUAGCAUUGGCCUGUUAAGUGAAUCCAGAAUUCCAGGAUCAAGAGGGCCAAAGGGUUCUGCAGGAAGACAUGGACAGCGUGGGCCGUUAGGACCAAAGGGAGAAAGAGGCAACAUUGGUCCACCAGGUUCAAAGGGAAUGCCAGGUACAGAUGGAAAACCAGGUUUUCCUGGCAUUGCUGGACAUCCUGGAGAUGUGGGUCCAAAAGGGGAGAAGGGUGACCCAGGACCUCAGGGCAAACCAGGACAGGAUGGGACCAGUAUUGUGGGACCUCCUGGACCACCAGGACCACCAGGACCAAUCAUAGCAAUACCUGAGCUACUACUCAAUGAUACAGAUGGAAUUUUUAACUUUACUGGAAUUAAAGGACUGCUUGGGCCUCCAGGGCCAGAAGGCAAGCCAGGUCUACCAGGAUUUCCUGGCCCUCGGGGACCGAAAGGUGAUACUGGUUUGCCUGGAUCACAAGGACUUAAAGGACAACAGGGUGAAAAGGGAGAACCAGGAGCUAUCAUUACUGCUGAUGGAUCUUUACCUGAAUUAUUAGGAAGAAAAGGGGAGAAGGGUGAAGCUGGAGUGGUGGGACCAGUGGGACCAGUGGGACCAAUAGGACCUACUGGACCUAAAGGAGAACUUGGUUUCCCAGGACGUCCAGGCCGUCCAGGACUGAAUGGACUGAGAGGUGUGAAAGGUGAUCAAGGUGAAGCCUUUAAUGGCCCUCCUGGCCUGCCUGGACCCCCAGGGCCCCCUGGACCUCCAGGACGUAUAGUUUAUAUCAAAGGAACAGUUUUCCCAGUCCCUCCCAGACCUCAUUGCAAAAUGCCAGUGAGCACUCCUUACCCUGGAAAUCAAGAAGCUCUUACUGGACAUGGUGCUAAAGCAAACAGGGAUUCCUGGGGGCCGCACAAUUCAGCGGACUUAAAAGGAGAAAAGGGAGACAGAGGUGCUCCAGGACCACCAGGUCCACCUCUGCCUCCAUCAUAUUUCAGCCACUUUAUUAAUAGCAUAAAGGGAGAAAAAGGAGACAAUGGAGACACUGGUGUAAAAGGAGAAAAAGGAGAACCAAAUGGAGGUUUUUUUCUGACAGGACCUCCUGGACCACCUGGAAGACAAGGAUUAGUUGGACCAAAAGGGGAUUCAGUAGUCGGACCCAGAGGACCUCCAGGAUUACCUGGACUACCUGGUUUACCAGGUUAUGGAAAAAUUGGACCUCCUGGCCCACCUGGCCCACCAGGCCCACCAGGACCCCCUGCAAUAUAUGGCUCAGCAGCUGCAAUGCCUGGGCCACCAGGUCCUCCUGGAGAGCCAGGGCCACCUGCAACCAGGAGUCUGGUUACAACAUUCCAGAACAUUGAGGGUAUGUUGGAAAAAGUUCAUUUGGUAGCAGAGGGUACGCUAAUCUAUCUGAGUGAAACCAGUGAGGUUUUUAUCCGUGUUCGAAAUGGAUGGAGAAAAUUGCAGCUUGGUGAGCUAAUUCCUGUCCCUGCUGACAGCCUUCCUCCUCCAGCCAUAUCAAGCCAUGGAUUUCAGUCUCUUCCAGCACUGAGUCCAAUAUCAAAUACGAACAAUGGAAAACCAGCACUGCAUCUGGCGGCUCUAAACUUACCAUUUUCUGGUGACAUGCGAGCAGAUUUUCAGUGUUUUCAACAGGCCCAACUAGCAGGUUUGACAUCUACCUAUAGAGCCUUCCUCUCAUCACACUUGCAAGAUUUGGCCACAGUUGUCAGAAAAACAGACCGAUACCAUUUACCAAUAGUCAAUCUUAAGGGAGAAAUACUUUUCAGUAACUGGGAAUCUAUAUUUAAUGGAAACGGUGGACAGUUCAACAUUCAUGUUCCAAUAUACUCAUUUGAUGGGAGGAACAUUAUGACUGAUCCAUCUUGGCCUCAAAAAGUAAUAUGGCAUGGUUCAACUGCAAAUGGGAUCCGACUGGUUAGCAACUACUGUGAAGCCUGGCACACAGCUGAUACGGGAGCUAUGGGACAAGCAUCACCACUGAAGACAGGAAAACUUCUUGAUCAGAAAGUAUAUAGCUGUAGUAAUCAGUUUAUUGUUCUCUGUAUUGAAAACAGUUUUGUAUCUGAUCCCCAAGGAAAAUAAUUCACCUGUUGCACAUAGGGAUAUUCAAUUUUAUGACAGAAAAAGCUGACACUGAAAUUUCAUUUUCAAUGAUGUAAAUAUUUUAUCUUUUGUAAUUGCACAUUUCAGGAAAAAAUGAGCGAAAGAAAACAUACCUCAACACAAACCGCAUUCCAGUUAGGUGGAACAUCCAGCGCACAUGCGGCUGACUUAAAGCCCUUCCUUCCACUUGAACCCAGUUCACACGGUUCAAUGUUUUCCAACAAUUAAUUCACAGCCCCUCAUCUUUCUGGCUGAGCUGAAGAUCUCUUAAGGGCACAAGUCAAGUGUGGUCUAUGAGGAAGAUCCAACAGCCUGUCUUAUAAGCAGUAUGGCUCAGCAAGGCUGCUGUCUCUUCGCCGCUGAGAAGCUGCAUGCUCUAUGCUCUUCUUUUCCCUUGCAUAGAUUUUGAAUAUCCAAGGCGCUAUUCAUAUAUAUGUAUACAUACGUACUGUCCCUGAGCAAAUAAUGGGAGGCUGUUACAUCUUACAGGGCUGGAAUUUUCAAAAAAGCUUUAAGAACGAAGGUGCUCACCUCCUUUGAGCGUCAGUGGAAGCUGAGUACCUAACUCCUGUAAGCUUGUACGGAUCGCAGCCUGGUGCUUACACAUAAAUUUAGCAGCUUCCACAUCUUACUUCAGCUUUUUUCUUUGCAGAUUCUAGACAUAGGGCUUUAUGCAGGAGGAGUGAAUUUCACCUAGACAAAAUCUGGUCCUUAUUUUGGUGCUAUCGUUACCAGGAAACCUGGAGCAAUGUUAACAGAAAACAUCCUGUUUUACUGGUUGAACUGUGCAAAGUAAAUGCAGACAAACGAACCAUCUGACCUUUAUUUAUUUCAUUACGUAUUAGAGGAAGUAAUUUCCUGUUGUGGCAGACUGAUGAAUGAAAGAUGUCUGUCACGGUUUCUUUAAAAUAGGUUCUAAACAUUGUUAUCCCACUAAGUUAUAUGUAAAGUCAUUUUCCUUUUUGUGAAUUUCCCCUUCUGGCAUUCACAUAUUUAAAGAAUUGUUAAUAUAAUAUAACAGCAGCAACUAUAGGAUUGAUUAGUAAACGCUAAUAUUCUUCGCAAAGAGUAUCAUCAUAAUAUCUGAAGUCUUUUGCCUAUAUAGUUGUCUACUGCAUACUUUAAAUGACAUAUUUACUUAUAUUUUAUCAGGCAGUAACUGUGGAGGUCAAACUCCAAAUUAAUAUUUUUUAAAAUUUAAUCUACAGUCUGUGUUGGAAAUACAUGUUCAUUUGCUGACAAAUAUAGUAUUAAAUUACUAGAUUGCUACCUUCAAAAGACAGAAGCAAAAUCACACUUACUAUACUAAACUGAUACAAUUAUAUAACAUAAUAUUGUGAAAUCGAGCUUUAUUUUUCCAAUUUACUAUAAAAACUUAUUUCCCAGGGUCAGCUGAAUCACGUCUUCUCUUUUUCUUGGAAAAGUCAUGACUCCAUUAUUACAACAUGGUAAUGAGGAAAACAGUUUAUAUAACAUUUAACAUGUGUGCAUAACAAUUCACUGCACUCAUUUAUAGUCCAUUUCCCUAAAAUGCUGAGCGCCUUUGUGAAAUGCCAAAUUACUUCAGUUCACACAGUUGUAUAUGUACAGCAGGGUUUCACUCCGAGUCACAGAAAAUUCAAGGGGGAAAAUAAAGUGCUUUUACUUGCUUCCAGCAGGAAACAUCUACCUUUAAUCCUUUAAUUGCUGGCAGACCCUCAGCUUGGCCAAGUCAUGGCCAGCAGGGUUUAUGCUUGUUAUCACCCAGUCAUGACUGUCAGUUCUCACUCUUCCACUCCACACAGUGGGGUA